AUGCGUUUCUCUAUUCUUGCAGGUCAUCUUCUCUUCGGCGUUAAUCUGGUUUCUGCCACAGCCAUUGAACGUACGACUAGUGAACUAGUUAACAGCACCGCUUGCUCCAAUGUCCACAUCCUUAUUGCACGUGGAACCACCGAGUCGUAUCCUGGUUCUUUGAGCACUCUCGCAGAGUUGAUCACUGCCAAUAACAAAGAUACAACCUACGAAAAUCUUGUCUAUCCUGCCACUGAUGAAACCUCAACCGAUAGCUACCACAUUGGCAAGACAGUGGUGCGCAAGCAGCUUACUUCUUUCGUUGAGCGAUGUGGUCACAGCGAUUCGAAGCUUGUCGUGCUUGCCUAUUCCCAGGGGGCGAUGGUCAUUGCUGACACUCUCGCCGGUGGUGGAGGCGACUCGACUUUGGGUAAUAUGACUGACCCGAUUAGCUUUGACAUUGGCAAGCACAGUAAGAUUGCCAAGUUCUACGCCCACGGUCGUGGAGCUAACCGCUCUGACGCAGUCGAUGCUCUUGUGCUCUAUGGCGAUCCACGCCACGCGCCCUACCAGCCGUACAACCAAGGCUUGAACACAUUCAACGUAACCGGAAAAUACCCUCGCGCAGAAUUCCAGGUACAACACUUGACCGACAACUACGGCCACAUGAUUCAUGACUUUUGCAAUGUCGGUGACCCCGUCUGUGCUAGUGGAUCCAACAUCACGGCUCAUAUGGUAUACCCUGACAUUUGGGACCAAACUGCUGCCAACUGGGUUCAGUCUGUACUUGAAAAGGCACGUUGA